AUGGGGAAUCCGGGUGAGGCUGGUGCUAGUGGGGUGAUACGGAACUCUAAUGGUAAGUUUAUUUGUGGUUUUUCGAAUUCUCUAGGAGCACAAUCGAAUAAUGCUGCAGAGGUGUUAAGUAUUUUGCAUGGACUUCGAAUUGUUUAUCUUAUGGGAUUUAGGAAGGCGGAAAUGGAAAUGGAUUCAAAGUUGGUGGUGAACUGGUUGAAGAAGAAACGAGAGUCUAAUGCUGUGGCAGAUGUGUUCGCAAAAAUGGAUGCAAAAGGUUUAAAUAAGUUAUGGGUUGGGAAUGAUGGGGUUCCAGCAUCAGUUAAGGGUUUUCUUAGACUGGAUAUAGGUAGUGUUCCUUAUACUCGUACCUGUUCAUAA